AUGGCCGUAGCUCUAUCAGUCACUGCGGUCAACAUCUUUCUGACAAGAAUGCUGCCCUUGACAGCAUCUGUCAUUUUGAUUCUCUUUGUGCUUGGUUUCCUCGCAACCAUAGUACCCCUAUGGGUGCUAGUUCCGAAGAAUGCAACGGCGGACGUCUUUACUGAAUUUGCCAAUUUUGGUGGCUGGUCUUCGAAUGGUGCCGCUUGUAUCAUUGGUUCAAUCACAUCGACAGGGUCCUUUUUCGGCGUCGAUGGUGUCGCUCACAUGGCUGAGGAAAUCAGAGAUGCUUCUUGGACUAUGCCGCGCAUCAUGCUUUUGACCAUUUUCCUGAAUGGCGCCAUGGGCCUAGUGGCAAUUAUAACAUUUGUGUAUUGUGUCACGGACAUUGUUGACAUGGUCCUUGAGAAUCCUUCGCCGUUUAUAUCCAUCCAGGUAUAUUAUCUGGGUCUUGGAAGCGCGUCAGGUGCAACGGCUUUGGUCUGUAUUGGCAUCAGCAUGACCUAUCUUUCCGCAAUCAGUGUCCAAGCAGCUGCCUCGCGACAAGCUUGGUCUUUUGCCCGCGAUGGAGGUCUUCCAUUUUCUUCAUGGUUUCACAAGGUCCAUGACAUUGGCGUUCCGGUACCCAUAAACUCUAUCCUCGCUUCCCUUUUCAUAACGGCCAUUCUAUCAUUGUUGAACUUGGGCAGUUCCGCGGCGUUCAAUGCGUCUGUGGGUCUUCUAUCAAGCGCAGGCGCCUUCUCCUACAUGAUUAGCAUCGGUUGUGUGCUAUUGAAACGACUCCGUCGCCAAGCUUUGCCUCCAACUCGGUUCAACAUGGGCAGAUUGACGAUUCCGGUGAAUGGCGUCUCGGUUGUCUUCAUGGCAACUAUCGUUGUCGUUGUCAUGUUUCCAGUCACGGCGCAACCCAUACCACAGUCCAUGAAUUAUGGGUCUGUCAUGUUUGGCGGAGUUGCAGUUAUAGCGAUAGUCUACUACUCUUUCCAUGGUAGGAAAGUGUACGAAGGCCCGGUAGUAAGAUUGACUCAAGACGCUUGA